AUGUCCCCAGCCAGUUUCCAUGGCAACGCUCCGGGCCGCACCACGGCAGCCGCCGAGGGACAAUCCUGCCGCGUCCGCAGCCUUCGGGGCUGUGCUCACAAGGCCCGCCCCCACCCCCCCACCCCGGUCCCGCCUUCCUCUCGCGUCUCCCGGGCAACGCGCGGUGUUCAGCGCCUCGCGUCUGCACAGAGGCUCGCUCCGCGUCUACGCCCCUCACAGAUCUUGGUUAUCGACCGGGCUCCCGUUCCCGAGUCGCUCUCUAAGGUGGAAGGAGAGAAUCUUGCAGUUAGCCAGCAGCCCAGGCCCUCCGUCACAUGGAACCUAGGCUCGCCCAUUGCUUGUGCGGUAGCCCCCCAGGCGACCACCAGUUCUGGCACCAGCCCGGCCUCGGCCUUCUUCCGGCAGAGCCGGAAGGCUCGGCAGCCGCCCCGACAGAUCUGCUUCCUGCGGCCGCGGACCGCUCAGUCGCCGGUGCUCUUCAGCUUAAUGAAUUCCAGUGAAGCAGCAGUGAAAAAAUUUUUGCCCAAGAGCCACUUAUCUCGGGUGAUUAUUCGUGACAACCUCAGUGCACAACGAAUCUAUGAGAUGGAGGUAAAAGCCUCAGAGAAGACCAAGAACAAGAUGGGCCACUUGUAUGACCACCUGAAAAAAAAAUUCAUGACAGACCAGCUCAGAAAGCUGGGGCACUGGCGAUGGGAAUCCAUGAACGUCCGGCAGUACCUGGAUAGCAUCCGAGUGUACAAGGAGCCUAACAAGAAAGACCAACCACCCUAGUCAAGGCAGAGUGAUCUGCCCUGGGGCCAUGAUGACACUAGGCUGACGGGAGAAGAGCUGGAAGGGAGCCAGUCUACACCACUGUAGAACAACAAUAAAUGAGACUAGUGGACAGUGGAGCACAAAACCCCUCAGCAAUUCUAAUAUUUCUUGCCCUGUCCCAUCCCCUCUUUUCUGGUGAAGGUGAUUCUGAUAGUUCUGUAGCUGCCCAAGUGGAAAUGGCUGAAUCGAACCAGCUUCCAAGGUUAAGGUAUGACCUUUGGUACCCACAUGUCUGGUACAAUGCCAGGCCAGGUGCACUGGGACGGUGGUACCUUGGAUGGGAAGGGCUCGGUAAUGCCGCUGCCUGGCAUUCCAGUGGUAAGGAGUCAGGGUGGGGCAUCAGGCAGACCUGGGUUAAGGGCUAUUUCUGCCAUCCAUCAGCUGUGUGACUUUGUAACCUCUCUGAGCCUCUGUUUCCUUAUCCUAAAGAGUGGGGAAGUAGUGCGGGAACCUACCUCCAAGAACUGGCAUGAGGAUGUGGAGCGCCUGGACCGGGGCCUGUCAUUCUCAGUGGCUCUCAUCACGAUGCCUGCAGUUAGGUUCCAGCCUUGUCAGUCCCCACUUCCUGGCCUGCCUGCUGUCCCAGCUAUGCCCCGACAGCCCACGACAUGCCUUUACUUGCUCAGGCUCCUCAUCUAGAAUGCCUCUUCAGCCCCUCAGGGCUCUCAGGAAGCUCUGC